GGCAGCGUCUCAAACGGAAGGUGGUUGUUGUCUGAGCCCAAGCAGGUUUGAAACUGGGGGUCGGGCCGGCGGCCGUGGUUGUCUGUUGCCGAGGCCCCGCUUCCGGGCUAGGUCGUCCCUGCCCACCCCGGCCCCGCCUCCCUUCGGACCCCUGGGUCCCUGGCCCGGCUCCCCGUCCGACCGCGCGCCCCGCCCGCCUCAGCCCGCUGCCGACCCGGCCCGCACUGCGGCCCCACGGCAGCCACCAUGUCCCUGCACGGCAAACGGAAGGAGAUCUACAAGUAUGAAGCGCCCUGGACCGUCUACGCCAUGAACUGGAGCGUGCGGCCUGACAAGCGCUUUCGCCUGGCGCUGGGCAGCUUCGUGGAGGAGUACAACAACAAGGUUCAGCUUGUUGGAUUAGAUGAAGAGAGCUCGGAAUUUAUUUGCCGAAACACCUUUGACCAUCCGUACCCCACCACAAAGCUAAUGUGGAUCCCUGACACAAAAGGUGUCUAUCCAGACCUACUGGCAACAAGUGGUGACUAUCUCCGAGUGUGGAGGGUUGGGGAGACAGAGACCAGGCUGGAAUGUUUGCUAAACAAUAACAAGAACUCAGAUUUCUGUGCUCCUUUGACCUCCUUUGACUGGAAUGAGGUGGAUCCUUAUCUUUUAGGUACUUCCAGCAUCGAUACCACUUGUACCAUCUGGGGGCUGGAGACAGGGCAGGUGUUGGGGCGAGUGAAUCUUGUGUCUGGCCAUGUGAAGACCCAACUGAUUGCCCAUGAUAAAGAGGUCUAUGAUAUCGCAUUUAGCCGGGCUGGGGGUGGCAGGGACAUGUUUGCCUCUGUGGGCGCUGAUGGCUCGGUGCGGAUGUUUGAUCUCCGCCAUCUAGAACACAGCACCAUCAUUUAUGAAGACCCACAGCAUCACCCGCUGCUUCGCCUCUGCUGGAACAAGCAGGACCCUAACUACCUGGCCACCAUGGCCAUGGAUGGAAUGGAGGUAGUGAUUCUGGAUGUCCGAGUUCCGUGCACGCCCGUCGCAAGGUUAAACAACCACCGAGCAUGUGUCAAUGGUAUAGCUUGGGCCCCACAUUCAUCUUGCCACAUCUGCACUGCAGCGGAUGACCAUCAGGCUCUAAUCUGGGACAUCCAGCAAAUGCCCCGAGCCAUCGAGGACCCUAUCCUGGCCUACACAGCAGAGGGAGAGAUCAACAACGUGCAGUGGGCAUCGACUCAGCCAGACUGGAUUGCCAUCUGCUACAACAACUGCCUGGAGAUACUCAGAGUGUAGUGUGGAGGCGCCAUGCCCAUGAGGCAGCGGCUUAUGUGUUUCCUGCCUCUGCCCCACCCCAAAGUAAGAAGAAACAUGUUUCUGGUGGCCAGUGUGUCUUUCAUUGCUUUUCACCCACUAUUACCAGAAACUGCUCUAGAUGUUCCUGGCCAGUCACCCCAUCACUGUCUGUGCCAGACUCAGUUUUGUGUGAUGCCUCCUCAGCCCAGGGCUGAGUUUUAAGAUUUUUCUCUCCUUUCCUCUUCUUUGGCUCCUCAAUUAAAAAUUUCUGUAUAUUUGUUUGUCAGCCAUUGUGUUAAUGAACAUUAUAGGCACUGGCUGUGUUUGUAUUCAUCUGCCCCAGAUGUCUCUGUCUGUCUGUUGCCCAAGGCAGCAACCUGUGUCCAUGUCCCUGUUAGCACUUAAGUGGGAACAAAUAACCAAUUUGAAGUUGUCUUUCCUCCUCUUAUCUAUGUCUGUAACAAAUUUCAACUUUGUAUAUUUUUUAUCUAUCAGGCUAAUUUUUUUAUGAAAAGAAUUUUACUCUCUGGCAUCUUCCUUUGUUUGUAGUCCUCCAUAUUAGCACCUUCCUCUCUUCCCUCAGUGCCUGGAGCUGGCACUGGGCUCUUGACCCUGUGAGCAGUUUGCCUUCUUGAAUCACUGCCUGAGCAGAAUGGACCUGACCGGGAGUCCCAAACCGCCCUGGUGCUCUGAAGUUGGCCAGCUCUCACCCCUUUUCUCAGCCUGGCUCUUCUCAAGGGCAUACUGGGCUCCAAAACAAAUGUGUGAAGCCUACUGUUACUCCCUGAAGUACCUCUGUCCAACCCCACAGGAACCUACGGAGAACGUGCUAGAGCUGAGGUAGGCUGGUUGGGGACUUGAGGAGAAUAGUUUCAGGAAAGCUGAGCCUGGAGCAUAUUUCCAGUACAUAGUUUCAGAGUCUGUUUUUCACUCCAAAUAAAAGCCCCAGAUGAUUCUCGUUUGUAUCUUGAACAAUAGACAAGAAUAAUCCAUAAGCUGAACUUCGGUAUCUCUGUUUAGUUUACUGUGACUGGUAAUAUGUCAGCCACUCUUUGGAUUUAGUGCCCUGAGGUGAGAAACUCCUGCUUGAGAGGCCCACGACCUGUGUGUCUAACCCUGAAUAAAGUCUUUAGAGUGUGGGGAGAUGUCAGCUCUAGUAAGGGAGGGACUGAUAGGCCAUCAUGAUUUCAGGCCAUCAAAUAAAUAGAUAGCUACAAAAAGAAUCAGAGACCCCAGGGUCACCCAGUUAACAGCUCUAUGCACAGCUGUCAACCUCCCUGCCUCCAGUUUAGGUUCUGAGCAGUAUUGGCUGCAAGUGUCUAUUUCCGUUACGUGAGUAAGUUCCACAGAGGGGGCUUGUGUGUGGCUCUGGUUGUAGGCUGAGUUUGGGACAUGCUCAGAGUCUGGGCAGGAGUCUUCCUGGUUUGUUGUGCUCUGCCUGGCAGGAGGUUUCUGAGACCUUCGGAGGGUAGCAGACCUUAAGGCUGAUGGUUUUGUCCACUUAGACUCUUGCCUGCUUUGUUAUUCUGAGCCCUGUGAGAGCUUUCCCGUUGUCUUCCUUUUCAGAAGCAGAUAUAUUUAUAUCCCCAAAGUCAUAGCUCUUUGCUUUACUACACAGGGGCUUGUCCCAAAGUAAAAAGGUCUUUUUUGUCAGGGUAUUUCCUUUUCUACCUUUUUACUUUUUUAUUUUGGUUUUGGGACUCUGGCGGGUCAUCUGCUUGAGGUUUACUCUCCUGCGUUGACCACCAGACUUGCAGUAUGUCAUUUGGAGAUGUAAAGUGAGCGGUUCUUGGUCAGAACCCUCCUCUGCUUGCAGUUGUGUUGGAUGGUUCCAGCGUCCUUUUCUCAAGGGUAGCAAGUCUAAAUUGAUGGUUGCUUGCUCUAGGAGGUCGACAGUUCCCUCCUGCGGAAAAGGGUCUGAAAAGGAGGUUAGAAUGGUAGAGGGACCUGGUCCUGCUUGGCAGGGCUUAAGUAUAUUGAGCUCCGAUUUAAGAUUCCUUUCCCAGUCUGCACUUAAACUGGUCUGAAUAGUGAGAAGAUUUGUCAGCUAGAACUUGAAAAAAACCUGAAGGAAAAAGUUAGUUAACAAUAAUUAGAAUAUAUUUGGGUAAAGUUGCUAUUUAUUCAUCUACAGCUUUUGAUUUUUUCCCCCUUACCCUGUGGACUCCCAGCCCUAUGACUGUCCGUAGGCCCUGUGGUGCUGUCCUCCUCCUCACACCCCCAUCUCCCUGAGCUAACACACACUCACAGUGGCUGGGAUGCUGGUAUUUGGUUCCUAUCCUUUAUGUCACAGGCCAAAUGGCCUCAUAGUUGAGGAGGGGAUUUCUGUAGUCUCGAGAUUCAGAAAACCUCUUAGCCAGACAUGUUCCAGGAAGCAAAGAUCUGUUGUAGUUUCAAGAGCAAGUGUCUGUUUAAUUUGCUUAGAUUCUCAAAUUGACAGCCAGAGAGCAUGUGUCUGCUCUGGAUCUGCUCUCCUGGAAUGUGAGCAGAGCAGCUGCCAGGAUGCCAUUGGACAGGCCACUGCAGCACUUCUGGGCUCUGGCUCCGAUGGCCCUUUGGCUUGUUCUUGGCCCCUGAGCUGAAGCCACCUUUUGUUUCUCUUGUCUUCCCUGGGGGAAGUGAAGGAAGAUGCUGAAUAAAUUUGGCCUCAGCUUCCACAUCAGAGAGCAAUGGGUAACAGUCCUUCCAAAGCUUGAGUGUUUACUCUCAAGAGAGUUGGAACUGUUUCCUUCCAGGGAGGAAGAGGACUUGAAGAGGGAAGAUAUUUGAUAACUAGAUGAGAAUUUCUUAUGAGAACAGGAUGGGCUCUCAGAGAACUGGUUAAGUUUUGGGAAGAAACAAAAAAUUGAGAUUUCUACAAGGUUUUGAUGAUUGUUAUGGCUGAAAUUUUAGAAGGAGAUGUAGAAUGUGGGAGAAAAUCAAUGUAAGUGUUGCUUUAGAUCAAAGGAGAAAAUAUUAGAGGGCAGUAAUGGCCUGAGGUGGGGAAGUAUUCAGACACUCUGCUGUGUGGUGGGUGUCAGGGACCAUUCAUCAGCUGUCUGUGAUGCUGGGUAACUGUGGGGACAGGGUGACAGCUCAGGGCAAAGGAGCCCCUCCCUGCAGUGAUGCAGCCAUGCAUGAUUUUGGUAGUAGAAAUCUUCAGGUCUUGAGUCCCGUGAUUGUUCCAGACUGUGGCUCCUGGCUGUGGGUUUAUAGAGAGCUGGAGAAGCAGAGGUUGAGAACACCCAUGCUGACUUUCCCCCACCUCUCCCUUUUCUCUUCUUCUUCUCUUCCCUCUCCCUUUCCACUGUAGAACUUUCUCCCUGCUGCAACCUGGGCCUUGAAUUCCUAGGUUAUAAGAAUAUGUAGGAGAUGCAAGGUUUUCCAAACAUGGGAGGGCCAGCCCAGGACCACCUCUCCGCUUUCCUCAGUUUGAGAAUAAGGCAGUUCCUUCAACUGCCUGGCUUGGGGAAAGGGAGUCCAUUGUAGUAGAAGUUUCAAAGCAGACUCUCCCCUUUACUCCGUAUAUUCCAGGAGGAGGAAGGAGGGCUAUGCUUGGCACUUCAUUUGGGUUUUCCAUGGGAGGAAAGCUGGACUGAGCAGUCACUGUGAACUUGGGGCCAGGCUCUCUAAGAAUUGCCUUUUCUGUACUGGAUGAACCAGCUACUGGAAAAGUCUCAUGUUGCAGAGCCUGGCCCACCUGCCCUACCUGCACCCUUUUCUCCCGCAGUGGUCACUGCUGCUAAUGGUCUAAGGCAAAUAUAUAUGGGCCAGGUCCUCUCAGGCAACCCUCUGGAUGCUAUUUUUUAAAUAUAGGACAUGCAGGUGCCUUUCCAAAGAGGCUUGCACUGGUAUAUCAAAUCAGAAACAAAUAAGCUAUUGAAAGUAUGAACUCAAGAAGAAAGAUGUUGGCAGUCUGUGUAACAGCUGGAAAACUUGUAAGUGCCCACCUUUGGGACAAGUGAGUGAAUAUGAACUUGUGAUAUCUGCUAUUUAAAAGAAAUGUUCUCACCUUGGGUUGAUUGUGGUGUACAGUAUGUUAUGAAACUUGUUGAGCUAAAGCUUUGACUUGCUUGAGUCAAGUAUGAAUCAUUUGCUUCGGUUCCUGUGUAUUUUAUGAACCCCCUCCCCAUCAGUGACUUUUCAUCCCUCCUUCCCCUAGUGUGAAUUUGUAGCAUGAUUGUACAAACAUCUAUGUAGAAAAUGGAGAUUUCUUGUUCUCUGAAAUGUUACGCUCCAGCCAAUCAGUCUCUGUCCCCUUUAGCCUAGCGUGUCUGAGCUUACUUUCUUGUUAUAUAUUUAAACUUUUCCUCUAUACUGUAGGUUCUGUAGCAUCCUAUGGUCAGGUGGAGAGGAAGCUGCCCCUUACAGAACUGUACUGUAACCAUUUUUCUUUUUAAGAUAUUUUCACAGGACUGAUUGUACACAGGGCUUAUAAUAAAAUUUUAACACUGUGCUGUGAAACCACAAUGGUAAAUCCCCAUUGAAGGCUAUUUCAAAGGCACCUCAAAGUGGAGUGUUAUGUCUAUGACUUUAUUUCUUGCUUAAUUAGGUAUAUUAAACCUAAGUUUCACCCUCCCACUCUGUUUCAGCCUCCUGUGUAAGACCGUAUUUUCUGUCCAUCAUACUUUGUAAUAAAACUUGAACAUGUAUAGGUUGAUUGAAUUUCUUCUUGUGAUAAAUUCAGUUGUUCCCAUUCUGCCACUAUGGUCAUGUUUCAGAGACAGUGGGUGGGGGAUUAGACUCUACCCCAGCUCAUCAUUAUCUGGUAGCCUGACUUAUCAUCUUAAAACACAAAGCACCUACUCCAUGCCAGGGACCAUGCCAGGAAAUUAUGAUGGUUCAGUGACCCUCAGUUGUUCUCAGUCUACCAGAGGAGACACCCACAUAAACAAGUACUGUCAGUGUUGUGCAAUAGCAGGUGUGUUCAGGCCUACUGGUAGCCCUGAGGAGUUGGUGAUCACCUAGGAUCAGGUGGGAGCCAGAGAGCGUCAGGGUAAUCCUCACAAGACAACUAAGUAGGAGUUCUCUUGGAACAGUGAAAGGCAUUUAAAGCAGAGAAAACAUCCAGGUAUCUAUAAAUGCAAGA